UCUCCUCCCACCUCUCUCCUCCCACCUCUCUCUGUCUCUCUCUCUCUAGACCUGCUGCCUAUAUGUUCUCUUCUUUUGAGAGAAGGGAGGAAUAGCCGCAAGCCCUGCAGCGCAAAGGAAAGCACAGCCGCACAGCACAGCGGCGGUUUUCAAAAGAACCCGCCACCUCUCUGCCCUGCACCACAGCACCAGUGCACCGUCCCCUCAACCUCCUCCUCCCUCUCUCUCAUCUCGAAUUAAUUUCGCUGCGCCUGCCCCCAUCCGCCAUUUUUCUUGGGUGCCGUGCGAGCUCCAAGUACCACUGACUCCCUCCCAUCUCGCUUGCCUGUUCGUUUCCGUCUCCAGUUGGUGUAGUGUUGUUGUUUCAAUGCGAGACUGCGUCGGGAGGAGCUGUCCUCGACGAGCUUGAUUGCCCUUGAAAGCGAAGUUGUUGGUGCCGGCGAGGAGGAAGAAGGGAGAGGAUAUAUGGCUCCCAAGGAAGAGGCAGGGGAGGACGAGCGGCUGCUCAAGGAUCCUCCUGGUUCUUCAGAUAAGGAAGCCCAUGCUAUCUCUGUAGGAGAGGAUCAAGAGAACAUUAAGAGCAACCCUGAUGAAACGACCAAGGAGGAUUGUGAUAACGGUGGGUCCGUAAUCGAAGCCACUGUAUCGAGUGAAGAUCUCAAUGAUAGGCAUGAAAGUGACAGCAACAGCCAGUGUGCUGAAUCUAAUGGUGCUUGUAAACCAGUCCCAGAAAUGAGCUCCAAGAGCAUCAACGGUGAGUGCGCUAGUGAAGUGCCUGAAAUGAGAUCCAAGAGCAGUAAUGAUGACAACAGUGGGAGCACUGAUGAAAUGCCCACAAUUGGCACCAAGAGCAGUAGCGACGACAACAGCGAGUGUGCUGACCGGAGCUCUCCACGUGGCGUGCUCGAUAUGUCAGUAUCUGGCAGUGUGGACUCCGAUGACAGUGCUUCAGUUGAGCAGCCAGCAGAAUCAAACCACCAUAUGCAAUGGAGGAACCUGAUCAGCGGGCUAAUACUUCGGAGAAAGAAGUCCAUGGGUAGAGCAGUGACGUUCCCUCAGAGAUCCAAGAGCAGAGGGCUUAGAGGGUAUCUGGAAAGAAUGCGGAGUGGUAAGAACCAAAUGGACUGCAGUACCAUUGCUCCGGAGAUCCUUCCUGAGAUUGGGAAGUGGAGACCAUCAUGGCGAAGCUUUGACUAUGAAGAGCUUUGUGCUGCAACUGACAGAUUUAGUCCAGAAAAAUUGAUCGGCAAGGGAGGGCAUGCCGAGGUAUACAAAGGACAGCUUGCUGAUGGACAAUUUGUGGCAGUGAAGAGAUUAACAAAAGGUGGUAACAAAGAGGACAGAGUUAGCGACUUCUUGUCCGAGCUUGGAAUAAUAGCCCAUGUUAACCAUCCAAACGCCGCCCAGCUGUUGGGGUUCAGUGUGGAAGGGGGCUUGCACUUGGUUCUUCAGUUCUCACCUCAUGGAAGCCUAGCUUCUGUUCUGCAUGGUACAAAAGAAUCCCUCAAGUGGAAAGUCAGGUUCAACAUUGCUCUUGGAAUCGCUGAAGGAUUGCUUUACCUACAUGAAGGAUGCCAUCGCCGCAUAAUUCACAGAGACAUCAAGGCUUCUAAUAUCCUUUUAACUGAAGACUACCAACCUCAGAUAUCAGAUUUUGGGCUUGCAAAAUGGCUUCCUGACAAAUUGACCCAUCAUGUUGUAUAUCCCAUUGAAGGCACAUUUGGGUAUAUGGCCCCAGAAUACUUUAUGCAUGGGAUCAUAAAUGAGAAGACAGAUGUGUUUGCAUAUGGAGUUCUACUUCUUGAGUUAGUUACAGGGCGGAAAGCAGUGGACUCCUCCAGACAGAGCCUAGUAAUAUGGGCAAAACCGCUGCUUGACGCCAACAACAUCAAAGAGCUGGUGGAUCCUUCCCUCGGCAAUGAAUACGACCCCGAAGAGAUGGUGUACACCCUAGCAGUGGCAUCCUUGUGCAUUCACCACAGCUCAACCACACGUCCGAGUAUGAAAUCGGUGGUCUGUUUCUUGAAGGGAGACCGGAAGUCACUUGAGCUAGUGAGAAGGCCUAAAAUCGUAAAGCCCCUGAUGUUUGACUCAUGUGAUUCAGAAGAUUACACGCGCUCAAGCUACCUCAAUGAUCUUAACCGGCACAAGCAGCUUGCCUUGGAGCAGUGAACUUCAAAUUGAGAAAUUUGGACAGAUUCGCCGUAAUUUUGUACAUCAUUCACUAUCUAGCUACACUAUGAUCCUCCCGCUUUCCACAUAGGUUUUAAAGAUUGUAUGGAUUGAUGUGAGGGAUCAGUUAUCAUUCACUCCCUGGUUGCUGAUCUAUGCUGUAACUUUGCCCUGAGUUUUAGCGCAUGUUGCGGCCCUGUAAUCUGUAUCGCCAGGAUCGUAAUGUCAGGUGAUGCUGCCACUAGGGAACAGUCUACUAUUCCUGAAAUGGUGGUCGGCAGGUCAGAAAAAUCUUUGUGCUCCGAUCAUUUGCAGGAUUUCUCAUAUGUAUAAUGUCUCUGGUCAUGACAGAAUUGCAUGUUUCCAGUUUCAGUGAUUACAUAUAUGACUCAAA